AUGGCUAACACAAUGGAACCUCAAAGUAAAAGGGCUAAGCUAGACCAGAAAAAGAUUGGCACCCACUCAGGCACAUUCCACUGUGAUGAAGCAUUGGCCGUUUUCCUUCUCCGCAACACCGACAAAUACAAGAACUCCGAGGUAACACGGACGCGAGAUCCAGCAGUAUUGGCAACAUGCGAUAUUGUAGUGGAUGUCGGCGCUGUUUACGACGAGUCUCGCAAUCUCUUCGACCACCAUCAACGCGGUUUCACUGAGGUUUUCGGUCAUGGAUUCGAGACCAAGCUCUCGUCUGCCGGUCUCAUCUACAAGCAUUUUGGGAAAGAGAUUGUGGCAAACAAGACCCAACUCUCCAUAGACGACAACAAGGUCAACACUUUAUGGCUAAAAAUUUAUGAACAAUUCAUUGAAGCCAUAGAUGCCAUCGACAAUGGCAUUUCUCAAUAUCCUUCUGACCUAAAACCGCGAUAUAAGAGUAACACCCACCUUGGAAGUCGCGUCGCGUCCCUCAACCCUGCCUGGAACCAACCAAUCAGUUCAGAGAUACUUGAUGCCCAAUUCGAGAAGGCCUCUUUACUCACUGGCGAGGAGUUCCUCUCCAAAUUGAACUUCUACGCCAAUGCUUGGCUUCCUGCCCGCGACCUAUUGACCUCUGCAAUCGCAACUAGCAAAAAUACUGAUCCCAGUGGCAAAAUAAUUGUCUUGGACCAGUUUUUACCGUGGAAGGAACAUCUCUUCGACUUGGAAGGUGAACAGCAAGUUCCCCCAGGUCAAGCGAUCUACAUCGUCUACCCAGACGAUAGUGGCAGUUGGCGGGUGCAAGCCGUCCCCCUAUCAUCUGACAGCUUUGAGAGUAGGAAGGCAUUACCUGAGGCUUGGAGAGGACUACGGGAUGACACUUUGUCGGAAGCUUCAGGCAUUGAAGGGGGCAUAUUCGUCCAUGCAUCGGGUUUCAUUGGGGGAAAUAAAACGAAGGAAGGGGCGCUGAAACUCGCGCAAACGGCGCUCACCAUGUAA